AUACUGCUAGUAAGAGAAAGAUAGAGGAAUCUCCUACUGGUAAAGAACCUGAAACUAAAAUAACCAAGGUGGAGGGAAUAGGUGAUCUCAUUGUCCUCGGCUUACCAUAYCGUACCACUGAGCCAGAAAUGAAAGCAUAUUUUAGUCAGUUUGGKGAGCUGGAUUAUUGUGAGGUUAAAAUGGAUCCCGUUGCCAAAAGAUCAAGAGGAUUUGGUUUUGUUAGAUUCCUGGACGAUGAACAUGCAAAGAAUGUAUUGUCUAUGUCACACAGAAUUCAAGGCAGAUCUUGUGAAGUCAGAUUACCAAGAACAAGAGAAGAAAUGAAUGUCCCAAAGAAGAUAUUUGUUGGUCGACUACCAGAAGGUGCUGCAGAGAAGGAAUUACAGGAGUACUUUGGUCAGUUUGGUGAACUCACGGACGUCUACAUCCCAAAACCCAACAGAAACUUUGGCUUUGUGACGUUCUCAUCUGGUGAAAUAGCACAGUCAGUYGUCCACCAAAAUCAUAGAAUGCGUGACAACUUACUAAAUGUCUCAUUUGCCGAGCCUAAGUCAAAUUCCAUGAAGGCAAUGACCGGUGGGGGUUACCCUGGGAGCCCAAAUAUGGGAUACAACGUAUGGAAUGCACAGUGGAGCAGAAAUCAACAGAAUACGUCUAGCAACACUUAUAAUGCUGCCAACACAGGAACCCCAUACAGUAUAAUGAAUAUGAUGAACCCAGGUAGUGUGCAAGUGCAAUGUUCUUAGCAUCAUGAUUAAGAUCUCAAGAUGGACAGCUAUCUACCUCAUUGAAAUGAAAUAAUAUUCAAGCUAACACAUGGGAUGCUGUAGCUUCGCCCAACUGAGCCACAACCAGAACUCAGUAAUACAAUGUACUUCCUCAAUUAUUCAAAAGUCUGAAUGUGAUUGCACAGAACAGAUUGUUAAUAUUUGUCUUACGUAUAUGGUACUCAUGUCAAGUCCAAUCUUAGAAAAUUAGCUUUGCUCAAGUCUGCCAUGAUGCAUGUAAGCCAAUUUCUCUAUUGGCGAGCCACAAUGCUUCUCUCCAUCACAAGCUUAAAACAAUGUGCAUGUUACUCAGUUUAUUGCAACCUUGAAACAUUUUUAAGAUCAAUAAAACACAUUCAUUGCCAUCAA